UUUCUCGAAGUGGGUCAUGGAAAGUAGGCAUUACGGCCACAAGGUGUCACUGCAAGUGUUGCCCUAUUGUUUCUGAAUUUCACGUUUCAGAACUGGUUCCAAAACUGCAUGAUGAGGAUAUUAACGGUUCUCGCAACGUUGGGCUUUGUUUUCACGCUAUGUGAAGCCCAGCGGUGGGUCAGCAGACCGAAACCACAAGUGGACAGCGAAUUUCAGUCAGCUAAAAGCAAGGUUAGCCUGUCAUGCGACACCGGCAAGAUGGUGUUCAAGAUGAACUUCGUCGAGCCUUUCUCGGGAGUCGUGCAAAUCGGACCCAAAGCCACUCGAGAGUGCACCCUCCGAGGGGAUAGGAGACGGACUUCCUAUACGUUAACUGUAUCGCCAGACGCUUGUGGAAGCUGCAAAGGACAUACGUGCUCCCCUGGUACUUUCGUCAACUCCCUAUAUAUACGGUAUCAUCCUACCUUAGAACGUGACGGCGAUGAUGUGAAAACUGUGAUAUGCAAAUACCAAGCUGGAUCCAUUCAAGCCGGUUAAGAAUGAGGCUGCCAUCUAUCGGCAAUGAAUGGAAAGAAUAAAGUCGUCUGCUCAUAUCGGAAAGGACACGAUUACAUUAUUCUUUUGUCAAGAUCUAAUCGUGAAGAUUCCAUACUAUUUUUUUACUUUUGUCUUAAUAAACAUUUUGUUACAAAUUA